GCAAUAAGUUCAUGGUUUAUCUUUUAAUUUUUUUCUUUUUUCCUUAAAUCCUCUUCUAUCUCAUUUCUUUUUUCUGACAUGAAAAGCAUCACUUAUUCCCUUUCUUCUUCAGCAAGUAGUAGUUCAAUAGCUGAUUUUAGAAAUAAACAGCCCAAAUCAGUAACUGAAUUGUGAAAACAGUAGCUGAUUUAUUUCAGAAAUAAAUAGUUGAAAACAGUCCUUAAAAUGCUCGAUUAUUGAAACUUUUGAAAUCAAUACAUGAUUUCAAAAUCAGUAGCUUUAAAAAGCUGAAAUAUACUGAUUUCAAAAAUUAGUAGCUGAAAACAUUACCAAGACCAGUAGCUGAUGCCAUAAACCAGUAGCUUUGGUGUGAAAACAAAUAGGAGGGAAUGAACAAUCGAGAACAAGUUUAAACGGAUGUUCUCUUCAAUGGUAGAUUUGGCAGCAGGAGUGAAUGAAUGUAAGGAAUAAGAAGUGAAAAGGUGUUAGUGGUUGAAGUAAAUGUUAAUCAGUAAUUUUAGUAAAAAGGUAAAAAAAAGAAAAUUAAAAAUAGCUAAUUGGUAGUAGGUGAUUUAACAACAUUCUCGGUAAAAUGAAACAAAAAAUGAGAUUAUUCAUGGUUAAUCGAUAGUUGGAAUCACUGUAGGUGUAACAUUUGAGAAAUUAAAUGCUAUAUUUGUUAUGCUUUAGGAGACGACAUCAUCGAGGAGCCCUUCUAGUGAUCGCGGAGUACCAGACUUAGCUUCUUGAAGCGUUCUUUUUGAUCGAAACCGGUUGGGAAUAAUGGAUUAGUGGAAGUGAUUAGAGGUUCCAAGGAUGUUAUAUUGAGCUCAGCAUUGUGGGAAUUUUGUAGUUUUGUUAGGUUUUUGAUUAGACUUGGUUGUGUUGGUUACAUUGAACUUAAGGUGAUCUGUAUGUUUACUUUGUGUUUUAGUUAGAUGUUUGGUUUGAGAAUUAUUUGAGUUAGCUACGAUAGAGAUCUGGUGACCUUUUUUCUCAUGUUUUGGAAGUGCGUCUUAAGUUUCUUGGGAAAUAAACCCCGUGAUGACCUUGUUUACUCUGUUAACGGUAAAACGGGUACAGUAGGAAAUUUUGAAUAAGUUGAAUUAUUCUGGGUAAAUUUUUCUAAUUUUAAAAUGAUCAAUUAGAAAAAUAGAUACAUUAUAUGGAUUCGUCCCAGAGUAAAGCGGUUUUAUACAAAACUUGUUGAAUUUUAUUUAAAUGUGUAUUAUUUAUUUUAGCCUCAUCUGUUUCAACAAUGGUUUGCUUUUUUUUUUUUUAAAAAAAAAAAUUUAAUUCAUAAACUUAUUUUAUUUUUUAUUUCAUUUGCAUAUUUCUUUCAUUUACUUAUAUUUUUAUGUUAUUUUUUAACUAUAAAUUAAUAUUCAAACUCCCAAUAAAAUGAAUAAUUUCAUAGCAAUAUACGGAGUAAUUUAUAUACUCCACGUGUGUGUCUGACUAAAAUAAUAAUAUUGACAUAUAAUUUAAAUAUUGUUUUGAAAAAAAAACAUGUAUUAUCUUGAUUACAUGAAACAUGAGUUAGAUAAAGAAGGUGGUUGAAGCAUAUAGUCAUGUUGAUAUUGUUCAUAUAUUUUUACACUCUUGAUUCUACAGGGUUGGUUAGCUACAAGUAUAGUAUAGCCGUAAAGGUGUUCUCAAAGUAAUUGUAAAAACAUGAAGUAUUAGGUAGAAAAGUAAAAUAAAUUUGUGAUUGAAAUAAAAAAAAAAAAAAUAAUAAUAAUUAUGGAUGAGAGUUUAAAAAGAAAGUAAAUGAUAACAAAUAAAAAUAUAACAAUUCCUAACGGAUUAAUUAAAAUGGAAUAAUCCACUAAAAAAAAAUUAAAAAGGAAUACUAACGAAACGGAAAAGUAAUUUCUAUCUUCAUGCGAGUAUCUCCUAAAUUUAAACAUCUCAAGUAUCGACUUUCCCGCGUCGAAAAAUUCUUAAACUCUUUUCAAUCAGAAAAAUUUCCACUGAAUUUCUCACCGGAGCUCCGAUUAUCGACGCCCAGAUGGAAACGUUAUACAUUAAACUUUACAAAAAGUACUCCAAACUCAAGGAUGCAAAAGAUCACGAGUUAGAUCAAGCUAACGUUGAACAAGAACUCAAAUUCGUAGAGUUUAUGUCUGCUGCAGAGAAUCUAAUAAAGCAUUUGAUGGAUGAAAAUAAGAGGCUGUCUGAUAACAUUGAUGAACUACGGAAAGAUGUUGACUCAUUGAGAAAUGCUAAAGACGAACAAUAUGAUGAUUUUCAGCAGCGUUUGAUGGAAGAAAAACAGAAGAAUCAAAAGUUAUCUGCCGAGGUUGAGGAGUUACGCCAUUUGCAGCAAGAAAGACCACAUUCUUGCAAUAGAACUGAUGGGCUUCUUGAGCAAAAUAUUAACAAAACGCAACAUAAUUUCUCCUCGUCGUCCGGUCAAUCCAAUGAAUCAUCCAUGAGAAUGACUAGGAAACGUGCCAGACUUGCGAUGGAGACUAAUUCUUCCUUUAGCCCUGCACCAGUGAGUCCUCAAGAGUUGCCAAUUACGAAGGGAACAAAAUCAAAUCAGCAAAAAGAAGCUCCUCUUGCAUAUUCACAGCCAGAGUGCUGUCAAAGUAGCAUCGAUAAUGAAGGUUCUUGCAAAUGCCUGUUUCAAAACUUUGUUGAGUGCCUAACUGGCAUGAAAGUCUCCAUAUUUAAUCAGCCGGAGGGAAGGGGUAUACACGCAGUUCAUCAGUCCAGUGGAUAUUCAUUUAAUUUGACAUGGCUGAACAAGGUUUCCUGGGGUGAAGAGUUGUUGUGCCAUGUUACCUCCUUGGGAACGUUUGCUAAUGUUGCUCCUGAGUGGAUGCAAGAAGAUAUCAUCUUCAGCAUGAGCAUGUGCUCCAUUUUCUUUGAGAGGUUAUGUCGUUUCAUCAGACACAGAUGAUUCUCGGUUUCAAUAUCAGUAUCCACAACAACACCGUUAAGCUUUGUGUAAUUUCUGUCCCCGUGGCAAUAUUUAUAUGCGUUCAAUGUGAUGAAUGUAAUAGAACUUGAGCGUCUUAAAAAGUAGUCGAACUCAUGUAAAUUUUUUCUACUUCUAGUGCUUAAUCCUACUUCGCUUU